AUUUCCUCAAUGAAACGACAUCGUGCUCACCGUCAUUCUUCAUCCCUCUCGUUUUCUCUCUGGCUUCUUCGACACGAUCGGUUCAGUUCUUGAGGACAUACACUAGUAAAAUGACGGAAAAGGUACUUAUCGGAAUCAUUGGAGGGAGUGGGCUUUAUCAUCUGGACAACCUGACGUUUUUAAAACACGUAAAUCCUGAAACUCCUUGGGGCUUUCCUUCAUCCCCCAUUUCGAUUUGUUCACUCCCAUCUGGAAUCCAAGUGGCCUUCCUUGCACGGCAUGGGACGGGACAUACCAUUUCUCCAUCUGCGGUUCCUGCGCGGGCUAACAUCGCAGCUCUGAAAUCCCUGGGAGUACGUGCGAUCGUCGCCUUCUCCGCCGUUGGAUCGCUUCGAGAAGAGAUAUCGCCCGGGUCUUUCGCUCUGCCGUCUCAGAUCAUCGAUCGGACGAAGGGAGUGCGCGCGGCGUCGUUUUUCGAGGGUACCUCCAUCGUCGCCCAUGCCAGCUUCGGCGACCCGUUUAGCGGAAAGCUGGUAUCGUGGCUGGAGGACAGAGUGCGCAAAGCGCUCGAACAGGAGGGAAGGGGCGUGAAGCUUUUCAUGGAUAAGUGUAUCGUUUGUAUGGAAGGACCACAGUUCUCCACGCGUGCGGAGAGUAUCAUGUAUCGUCAGUGGGGUGGGGACCUGAUCAACAUGAGCGUCCUUCCUGAAGCCAAGUUGGCGCGUGAGGCGGAGCUUAGCUACGCAUUGAUCGCUACGGCCACCGACUACGAUGCAUGGCGUCCACACUCGGAUACGGUCACUGCUGCUGAGGUGUUCAAGACGCUGAAAGCCAAUGCAGACACGUCGCGGCUCGUGGCUGCGACCGUGUUAGAUGAGCUGCACGCUGCUGUGAGCGCCAGCGGAGAAAACUUCCUCUUGGAACAAGUUGGUUCGAUGAGCUUCUCAAUUAUGCCGCGAUCGGAGAAGCAGGAUCCCGAGCAUCGCAAGAAGCUGGCAUAUGUUCUCCCUGAGUACUUUAGCGGCGAACAACAAGUGAAUUGAGAUGAGAAGGAAUAAAGAGUAUAAAUGUACCAUGUUUUGAAUGUAGAUGUUUUUUUUUUAGAUUCCACGAUUUUCCGAUAAUACACUUCUGGCUUCACUCUG